CAACGAAACAUCGCAUACAGCCCUCCCCAUUAUUGCUAUUGCGGUGGCCCAUUGCACGCCACGUCCUUCAAAACCAUUGCUUCACCCUUGCUGGAGACAUCCGUACUGUGUCCACUAUAUAACCACUCUCCAAAACCCUCUAAUAGUUAAACGAAAACACGUACCGGCACAUCCUCUGGUGCAUGUUUGUGUCAGGAAGUGAUUGAUUGAAGGUGUAGCUGAUGACGAUGGAUUGUUCUUUGAGACUAAUUCACAAUAGCCCUUUAUCAACGACUGCUUUUUUACCUAAAAAAGUCAGACUUUUUACCGUCAAAUGCUCCUCCUCACAGGGCUUCUCUUCUGUUGGUUUAGCUGAAAGACCUUGGAAGGUAGCAGAUGCUCGACUAGUGCUUGAGGACGGUUCAAUUUGGAGGGCAAAAUCGUUUGGUGCAUCAGGAACCCAAGUUGGGGAAGUGGUUUUCAAUACAUCUUUAACAGGAUAUCAGGAGAUCCUUACAGAUCCUAGUUAUGCUGGCCAGUUUGUUUUGAUGACAAACCCCCAUAUUGGCAACACUGGCGUGAAUUUUGAUGAUGAAGAAUCAGUGCAAUGCUUUCUAGCAGGACUAGUAAUCAGAAGCUUGAGCAUCAGUACCUCGAAUUGGAGAUGCGCAGAGACACUUAGUGACUAUUUGGCAGCGAGGAACAUCAUGGGCAUAUAUGAUGUUGACACUCGUGCAAUUACUCGGAGAUUGAGAGACGAUGGUAGCCUUAUUGGUGUUUUAAGCACUGAAGAAUUGAAAUCAGAUGAAGAACUCCUAGAAAUGUCUCGUACUUGGGACAUUGUAGGUAUUGAUCUAAUAAGUGGUGUCUCCUGUAAAACUCCUUAUGAAUGGGUUGAUCGGACAGGUUCGGAGUGGGAUUUCAACUUUAGUGCAAGGAGUAAGGAGAAUUUACAUGUUGUUGCGUAUGAUUUUGGUAUCAAACAUAACAUACUUAGGCGCCUAGCAUCUUAUGGCUGUAAAAUCACUGUCGUUCCAUCAACAUGGCCAGCAUCUGAUACUUUAAAGAUGAAACCAGAUGGAGUUCUUUUUAGCAAUGGUCCUGGAGAUCCAUCUGCAGUUCCUUAUGCUGUUGAUACCGUCAGAGAAAUAAUUGGAAAAAUCCCAGUUUUUGGGAUUUGUAUGGGCCAUCAAUUACUUGGUCAAGCACUGGGGGGAAAAACGUUUAAAAUGAAGUUUGGUCACCAUGGAGGCAAUCAUCCAGUUCGUAACAUCCGGAAUGGCAGUGUGGAGAUCAGUGCUCAGAAUCAUAAUUAUGCUGUUGACCCUGCAUCAUUACCCAGUGGCGUAGAAGUGACGCAUGUUAACCUCAAUGAUGGGAGCUGUGCUGGUCUUGCAUUCUCCCAAUUGAAGCUUAUGUCUCUCCAAUACCAUCCUGAAGCGUCUCCUGGACCUCAUGAUUCAGAUCCUGUAUUUGGGGAAUUUAUACAACUCAUGAAGCAAGAAAAAGUAAAGGCCUGAUGCAAAUGCUUGAUGGCAACAAAUUUGUCGGGUUGUUUUCCUGGAGAAUGUACCAGACUUCCAGCUAGAGAAACAACGUAAAAGGAAAGUUGGAGAUACUUAGUAGUAAAUACCCCAAUGCCUGAAAUUUUUAGUAACAAUUAAUCAUAUUCUCUGGAUCUUUCCCAAUUAA